AUGGAGGUCGGUCACCGUUUCAGACGGAUGAAACACAAUUUUCAAACCAAAAAAACCACCGACGAGGAGCUCAAACAAUUCGAAAAUGUUAUGCAACGCAAUUCAAAAGUUUCGAAUCUCGCCUCUGCGUUUCGAAAGGACCUUGCCGCUACAUUGACCACAGGGUUCAAAGAGGAAAAUGUUGAUAAACGAAAGAAAAAGUGCGACGAGCUCUCGAUGUCUCAAACACUCAAAGACGCGUCUGUGGAUUUGAGCUACUACAAAACAAGUUGCCUUCACGACGUGAUCAACAUGUACGGUGAUGUGCUACAUAAUGAAGUUGAUGAGAAAGUCAAAAUGGAAAUGCUGAUGGAACGUCGAGUGUAUGAAGAAUUGGCUCCAUUUGUAGACAAUGAGAAAAACGCGAACAAGCUCAAGGAUAAGAUGAAUCUAGUAAGCACAGAUCUCGAAAUUGCUCAAAAGGAUUACGACAAAGAGCCAACGAUGACAAAACAAGAGCAAAUGGACGCGCUUCAGAUGAAAUACGAAGGAAUGAAGGAUCUUCUCGUCACCGACAUUUUCAAUUCUUCUGUGUCUAGAGAAUUGCAAUUGACUCAGCACGUGCUGACAAGUAUGGUUUUGAAACGUGACUAUUUCAAAUAUAUGUUCGAGAUGUAUGACCAAAUGAUACCAAAAACGGAACAUGCACUUGCCACCGCAAUUCCACGGCCAGUAUUUGGUGUUCCAUUGGAAGAGCAUUUACUCGUACAGCAACAGAGAAUCUCUAUCGUCCUUACCAAGACAUGCGAAUUUCUUCGACAACAUGGAAUGCAAGAGCGUGGGAUCUUCCGUGUCAGUGGAAACGCAUCGAAAGUUAAGAGAAUCCGCGCUGCACUCGAUUGUGGGCAAUUUGAUAUUGACGAGAAACACUAUCACAACGAUCCACAUGCAAUUGCUUCCACUCUCAAAGCGUAUCUACGUGAACUUCCGAACUCAUUGACUAUGGAUUCUUUGCAGAAUGAAUGGGUUUCCGCUGUCGAUUUGGAGGGUGAAGAGAGAUUUGUCGCUAUCGAUACAUGUCUCAAGAAAAUGACACGUGGACAUCGUCAGAAUCUCACGUACUUGAUGAAAUUUUUGUGUGAUUUGGAGACGUGCAGGGAAGAGACUUCGAUGAACGCCUCCAACCUCGCCAUUGUUUUUGGCCCAACAAUCACUGGAAUGAUUUUGGAUGGAUUGAACCCAUCAGGAAUCAAGUUGACCGAGUUUAUGAUCAGCAAUGGAACCCGAAUCUUCGGGUUUGGAACUUUAGACAAGCUUGACACUUCUCCUCCUUCCGCCUUCACACGUGCUCAGUCUUCAAUCAGUCCACGAUCCUUCCGUCCGAAAGAGAAGGCUCCUCCACCGCCACCAGCACCAACGUCGUCAUCUCAAAUACCUUCUACCAGUGGUGACUUGAUCCAAUUAGCGGACGAAGACGAUUUUUCGGAUGAAGGACCAACCUCGUCCAAUGGAGGAUCAUUGAGCAGAAGCAAUACGGAGCACCGCCCAAAUAGGCCACCACCACCGUCGUUCCGUGCCACAUUCACCGAGACACCGAAAUCACGCCCAAUCAGUUACAAUAUCGCCGUUGGCGCUCGUCCCAACGAGCCAUCGUCUUCAUCAUCAUCGGCUCGUAACCCAAUGACGGUCAGUAUGGAAGAUAUGAUCACCGAGACACCGGUUGCUCCUGAACGCAAGCGGCUCAGUAUGCUUUCCAUCGGCGGUAGUGCUCAUCGUGUGACUCCUAUCACCAGCAGCAACAACACUCAAUCGUCUUCUUCUCAAGAGUCAUCCGGUUCUCUGGUUAUGGAUGGUGGCGACAACCGAACCUUGGUUUCAUUGGACGGAGAACCGUCAACUUCUUCUGUUGCUGCUUCUUCCUUGCCAAGCAACAUCCAACCACCACCGCAAUCCACCAAACCGAAGCCACCAUUGCCAAUCAAGCCGAAGGAUCUUGGAAAUAACGAAAGUUCCCGCUUAUAA